AUGGAUUCUCGAUUUUUGCUCACUCUUUCUCUUUGUUUCCUUUGCAUUUUCCCUCAUCUCUCCUAUUCCAGAAGUCGCGUCCCAUUAUUGAUCGAGGAGAAGAAAACGGAGGGAUCGGUGCUUAGACUGAGAAGAGGCGCUUCUUCUGCUACCUUUGAUCCAACUCGGGUCACUCAACUUUCAUGGCAUCCCAGGGCUUUUCUUUAUAAGGGUUUUCUUUCUGAGGAGGAAUGUGAUCAUCUAAUCGAGAUUGCAAAGGAUAAGCUGGAGAAGUCUAUGGUGGCUGAUAAUGAGUCUGGUAAGAGUAUAGAGAGUGAAGUCCGGACGAGCUCCGGAAUGUUCCUUCAGAAAGCUCAGGAUGAAGUAGUUGCUAACAUUGAGGCCAGGAUUGCUGCAUGGACCUUUCUUCCUAUUGAGAAUGGGGAGUCCAUUCAGAUACUGCACUAUGAACAUGGCCAAAAGUACGAACCACAUUUUGAUUAUUUUCAUGACAAGGCUAACCAAGAAUUGGGUGGCCACCGUGUUGCCACUGUGUUGAUGUAUCUCUCUAAUGUUGAAAAGGGUGGGGAAACUGUCUUUCCCAAUACGGAGGCCCAAAUGUCUCAAUCUAAGGAUGAGGACGCGUCUGAUUGUGCUAAACAAGGCUAUUCAGUGAAACCCUACAAGGGUGAUGCCUUGCUGUUCUUCAGUCUUCAUCCUGAUGCAACAACCGAUCCAAGCAGUUUGCAUGGGAGCUGCCCUGUCAUUGAGGGUGAGAAAUGGUCUGCAACCAAGUGGAUUCAUGUGAGAUCCUUCGAAAAGUCACUAAAGCAUGCAGUUAGCGGGGACUGUGCGGAUGGGAAUGACAACUGCCCCCUAUGGGCCAAAGCUGGUGAAUGUGAAAGGAACCCUACAUAUAUGGUGGGUUCGAAGGGUCUUCCUGGGUUUUGUAGGAAGAGUUGCAAUAUGUGUUCAUCCUAG